AUGGAAUUUCAGAUUGCAAAACGUUCAGCCAAGAAACAAGUAACCUUCUUAUCCGACACUUUGAAUCAUUCUUGGUGUCCUCCCACUGAACCCCUGAUCAAAGUCAAUGUCGAUGGUGCCUGGGAUAAGAAUACCACCUCCUCCGGAUCAGGUGUGAUUAUUAGAGAUGCAAGGGGUAAAUUCAUAGCUGGUUCCUCUAGAUCUUAUAUUGCAGGAUCUAUUAUUGAAGCUGAAGCCAUAGCUCUUGUGGAUGGUUUGAAGUUGGUCAAGCAAUUGAACCUAGACAACAUUGUUAUGGAAAGUGAUUCACAUGAGCUAAUUUCAGCUUUGGGAAAUCACAUAGAGAAAGCAAUGUCUCUUGGAAUUGUAACCUCCCGUGAAGCUAACCGUGUUGCCGAUGUAGCUGCAAAGCUAGCCAAAUCGAGGUUGUGCACAGAAGUGUGGGUUAAUAUACCCCCAACCUCUCUUGUCUCUGUUUUAACUAAUGAUGGGGUUCCUUGUCCUCACUAA